ACUUCCCCCACACUACAUUGCCUUGUUUCCAAACAACUUUGGCUGAGAAAAUGAAGAUCUUCAACUGGAUGCAGAAGCGGCUCAAUCCUAACGUUCUCAAAGAUGGGCUAGCUCGAAACGUGAAGAAGACAGAUUCUAUUGCUAUUGACAGCAAUUCAAAAGCCUUGCUGGAACAAGUAGCAUUCCUGGAUGUACUAGAUAGCUGGAAAGAUGGCAUUCUCACUAUUGGAACCUUCGGUUUUGAUCCUCUCACCAAGCUGGAUUUGGACCAACACAAAGAGUAUUCUGCUUCGGACAGUGAUGAAGAAGCAGAGGAAGGAGAGGGAUAUGCACUGAACAAUGACGACGAUCAUGAAAAUGAUGACAACAAUGAUGAAGAAGAAGAAGAAGUGACCCCAUUGAUGUUCAGCAUGUCCCAGAUUAACUGCCAUGAUGUUGCAUUGACUCCCCCUGCCAUGUCCCCUGAGAUCAAACUUGAUCAUUUGGAUGAUCAAGGGAAAUUGAGAAGGAGAACAACCCUGGCUGAACUGUUCUUGGAAGAUUCUGAUAUGAAAAAGAAGAUGAAUCCUAAUGAAUUCACACUGGACGCUGGCAAACAGGCAUCUGAUAAAACAAAAGACGGUGGUAUCUUCUUUCCCAAGAAACUCAUUCCUCAUGCUAGAGAGGAUUCACGCCCAGUAAAAAGGAUACAGAAAAUGAUGAAGAGGAUGCUGAAGAGGAAGAUUCAUCCCGACAUUGAAGGCAAGGGCUCUAACUCUAAGUCACACUGCCCCAACAACCCUGGCCUUCCUGAUCAUGCUCCGGAAUCAGUUUCCCUCCUUCCAACUCCAGAUGCUGCAAUGUGAGGUUCGUUCAAGGAUAAUCAUGAGCCAGAUAUAUGAUCAACUCUCGUUUUUAUGAUGAUUUUAUUAUUAUUAUUUUUAAUAAUAUCAAUGAUUGUAAUGUAUAAAAAAAUAUUGGCUUUCUGUGUGACUCUGUUUUUGUAAACUUUGAUGUUUUUUGGGUUUUUACUACUCCUAUGUGAAGAUGUGUUGUUUGGUUGGUUGUGCAGCAGGGUUUCAAUAUUGUUUACUUUUCUUCACAUUAUUUUUUUUAUUAAAUCUCUUGUAUUAAA